AUGAUGAAGAUUUGGAACACUUCUAGGGAAGUCAGAGAGAAAGAUUUAGGGGAGAACCUCUUUUUGUUCAUCUUUGCAAAGGAGUUAGACCGUAACCGAGUACUUCGCAACGGUCCGUGGAAUUUUGAUAAAGCCUUGGUGCUUCUGGAAGAGCCGAAUGGUAAUAUUGCGCCAUCAAGGAUGCUUUUGAAGUUUGCUGAGUUCUGGGUCCAGAUUCAUAACGUCCCAUUGCUCGGCAUGACGGUGCAAACAGGGAGACAAAUUGGAAACUGUAUGGGUGAAUGCAUAGACGUGACUCAAGGACAGGAGGGAGAAUGUAUGGGUCGGUUUCUACGGGUGCGUGUCAAGAUGGAUAUAACCAAACCACUCAAAUGGGGGACAAAGAUAUCACUUCCAUCAGGACAACAAGAGCGGGUUGAUUUUCGUUAUGAGCGGCUACCAGAUUUCUGUUACAAUUGCAGGCGAAUGGGACAUAUUAUGGGUGCUUGCACAUUUGUGGAUGAUGUGGUCAAAAGUGCAAAAGAUAACCCUUAUGGUUCAUUCUUAAGGGUGAUUCACGAUUCUGCGAAACCUUGGUCAACAAGCCCCAAGAGGCCAAGUAAUUAG